GUCCUCUCUCUCUCUCUCUCUCUCUCUCUCUCUCUGUCCUCCAUCAAACGCCUUAGCAAUUGUGCUGUUCAUAAUAACAUGGCUGAUUUCUUCUGUACCUUCGUCGACUCACGUUCUUGCACCAAAUUCUCUCUCUUCAACCCAUUCCACCCAUUCUUAAAACCAAUUCCUGCACUCUCAACUCUUUCUUUUCAUAACCGAAGAAGCAGAAGGAGAAGAAAAACUCUUCAUGUCACUCUGUUCUCCAAGCCCAUUUUGCCUACACCCCCUUCAUCGGACUUCGACAUCGUUUCCAUCACUGAGUGCUCUGAUGGUAGCUUUGUGUUUCGGUUCGGAGAUGCGAGUGAGAUUGCAAGAAAUGGCGAAUUGGAGGAACCCAAUUUAGGUAAUGAGGGUUUGGUGAGGGAAGAUAAAAAAGAAUUGCAUAAUGCGAAUGUUUUGGAUGGGGAUCAUGAAAGUGGAGUGAUUGUCAAGAAAAUAGAGGGAAAAGUGAGGAGCGAUUUAUCUGAUAGUGUUGAUCCAGUAGCUGAUUGUGGGGUAGGCAAUAGUGCUGUUGAGAGAGAGAAUGAUGUAAAUGGAGGCAUAAGUGGUAGUCAAGUCGAAUCAAAUGAGAGAUUUUUCAAGGACUCUCAAGAAGUAGAAUUUGCUUCGGAUAGCAAAAUGGUUGGUUCUUCUCUUUCCUUGAUUGAUGUGAAGAACUCAGUAUGUUCAGAAGAAGGUUUGAUUGAGAAGGAUAAGGAUGAAAGUUCAAAUUCAGUAACUGUUCGGCUUGAGACCAGUUUUGUAGCAGAAAAUGGUGCUGCUUCUGUGGAAGUUCUUGAAGAGGAUAGUGAAAAGGAAGCAACGCUUGGAUUGAAUUCUGUGGAGCUUGACUCUGUUGUGGAAGUACCCAUAUGCAAUGCUGAUCAGGGAAUGAGUGAGGAAAAUGUUUACAGUCCAGUAAUGCAGUUGUUGUUGGAAGCUCAGGAUAAGAGUGUGGAGAGUGGAAUGCAUGGUGUGAUAGAUGAAGAUGGUGAUGAAAAUGACAUGAUGGAAGUGUUGCAUCUGUCACCCCCAUUAGAGGCUGAACCAAUUCUUGACGAGGAAAUAAGUCAUGAUGUGAUUGUUGAUUCUGCUGAAGCAGAUAGAAUUGGAAGCCCUGCGACGCUCGACAAUAGCACCACUAACUCAAUCUCGGAAGUAGAAAGAAAUGAAGGCAAUGCACAGAGCAGUGAGCUUCUAGAAGUACCAGGUUGCCAGGCAAUAGAGUUGAAAUUAACUGAAACAGCAGUGAAUAGGGAGGAAAUCUCAACAGCAGGAUUUGUCCUAUCUUCAGGUGCUGCUUUAUUUCCACAUCCAUCUAAGGCAUUGACAGGUGGAGAGGAUGCGUAUUUUGUUGAAUGCCAAAGCUGGUUUGGGGUGGCAGAUGGAGUUGGUCAGUGGUCAUUAGAAGGAAUUAAUCCAGGAGUUUAUGCCCGAGAACUCAUGGCAAACUGUGAGAAGAUUGUUUCCAGUUGCAUAAGUUUGCAAAUAACCAACCCUGAGGAAGUUCUUAAUCGAAGUAUUGCUGAAGCUCAAUCUCCUGGAUCAUCAACAAUUUUGGUUGCUUAUUUUGAUGGCCAGGUCCUUGAUGUGGUUAAUAUUGGAGACUCGGGAUUUAUUAUAAUUAGAGAUGGUGCCAUUUAUAAAAUAUCUUCUCCAAUGCUACAUGAGUUCAACUUUCCAUUCCAAGUUCAAAGAGGUGAUGACCUUUCUGAACUUGUGGAGAGAUACAGAAUUGAUCUAGAUGAGGGUGACGUAAUUGUCGCUGCAACGGAUGGACUUUUUGACAAUCUAUAUCCCCAAGAAAUAGCAUCAAUCGUAUCAAAGUCAUUGCAGUUGAAUUUGAAACACCAGGAAAUCGCAGAAGUCCUGGCCAGAACAGCCCAAGAAGUGGGGAGCUCUGCAUCUGCAAGGUCUCCCUUUGCAGAUGCAGCACAAGCAGCUGGAUAUGUGGGAUAUACUGGUGGCAAGCUAGAUGAUGUUGCUGUUAUUGUGUCUUUGGUUCAAAAAAAGAGAUCCAACUCAAGCAUAGAGUAAUUUCAUUUGGUUACUACAUUUUUGUCUUUGUCACUAUAUGUAUAUAUGAUGAUAAUAUGAUUACAUUUUCCGAUAUUUUUCACGAUGU